UGUUUGAAUUGUUUUGAUUCUCUCUCUCAGCGGAUUUUUGUUUUGAACUGGUGAUAGGAAGCUCAUUCUUAAAAUAAACCUAAAUUCUAACGGAUCGUGUUAAUCGGAUCGUGUUAAAACAAAUGCCAACAAAAUAAAAACUAACUUGGUGAAGUUAAGUGUUGAAUAAAGAACUUUCUAGAUCAGUGACAAGUUCAUUGUGGCUGAAGCUUGCUUACAAUCAAACUCGUCCAAAUGAGCCAGACAGAUUCUGAUUGACAUCGGCUGCGUUCGAAAUCGGACAAAACUGUCUUGGCAAUAACAACCCGCCAGUGAAAGAGAAAUCUCUCAUGACCCGCCUUCCGGGGGUUCUCAUUCUCUUUGAAUGAUAUAUUUGGGAAAGAAAGCUUAUCAGUUCGAUCUCUGGUUACCCAUACGAGUCGAAGCUAGCAGGAGGAAAACUAGAACAGAUGCAUCCAGAGAAUGACGGCAGCAUUUAGAAAUUUACAUUGAGCUUGGAAGCCCAGAAGCAGUCCGGUGUUGGUAUCGUGUGGUUGUCCUUUCGUGAAGCAAAGGUCCUUUCCCAGUUGUAAGCUACACAAAGUAGGACGCAAACAGGAGAAAAUUUUGCGCGGUUAUUUGUGUUAGUGUGCUUGAAGGAGAUCCUAUUUUUUAAGUAACAUUCAGCUAAAAGGUAAGUGCUAUCACCGUUAUAAAUGAAAACUUAUCGCAAGGUGAAAUUGGUUUGGCUACAUCUGUAAUUGUUCCAGUUUCAAAUCCUAACCUAACGAACUGGAAAUCUUGUGACUUUUGCAGUUUUCGGCAUUUCUUGAUCCAUUCCCACUCAAGUAUAUAAGCAUGUACUUGGCAAUAAGGUCAGCGACGUACAGCAGAAGCAGUUAGGGACAAAGAACAGGCGGCAAAGGGAAUUUUCGUGCAAUUAAAAUCAUUUCGCUUAAUAGCACUCUGUGCGUUAGCGAGGUUGCCCGAAAAAAGUGCUUACCGGCGUUCCAGCAUUUUGCACCGGCGGAAAAGUGCUCACGAGUGUCAUAUUUCUAGUAGUGUUUAUUAAAUGCGGCGUACAAAAACAAGCUUUCAGCCAUGCACGUGCAAUGGUUGCUUCCGCUUGGGGCGAGUGCUUAAUGCGACCACUUACCGGGUCUCCGGAGGGGACGUUCUUCCGGUUUGCGAGCUUGAUUGAGGUCGGUUCGUGUCGGCACCUUCCGGUAGCUAGAGCAGCACCGGGGUUUACAGUGUAUUAGUGUCACCCGUUUAUCGUCGACAGCUAAAGUAGUGUGACAAGUCGUCAGCAGCGAAUACUCGGCCAACAAACGAACGAUCGUCUGUGCUGAGUUGUCACCAGUAUCCACCGGCAGACCUUUGCACCACAGGCAUCCAGCAUUCUCGAAACGAGGAAGUAGUAAAAACAGUGAAAAAUACAGUGUGUGCAACCGUUUUGGGUGGGCUGAGUGAAAAUGUCGUCGGAUUAUCCGUCAGCAGAGGAAAACCACAUAGAGGAAUGUGUUGGUGGCAAGGAUGACAUCGUUGCCGUUGGUAGCAACGGUGAUUGUUGCGUUGCCGUCAGCAACGGAGUCGAGUCAUCCGCACCAAUAGUGGAAUCGGAAGCAAAGAUGCAAAACAUUUGUCAAGAGAACACAAUCGCCUACCAUAACAAAGUGGAUAGUUCAGAGUCUUGUGCUAUACCGAAGCUUUCCUCGCAGUGUGAAAAUGGUGAAGCAAGCGAAGUUAAUUACGACUUAAUUAGAAGCAAUUCGAGACCAUCAACCUGUGGAAGUAUAGGAUCUGCCGCUGCGGCGGUGGCCAGUGCAGAGGAUUCUAAUUUGCUGUCACCGAACAACUCUCGGUCCAGCAUGAGUCAGCCUCAAUCGCCUACACAUCUGAAAGCAGAUUCCCUUUGCUCCCAAGAGGAACUUGACGCUAUUAGCGUAUUCUUCGAUGAGCAUUCCGCUGCCAUCGAGCGGUGGUUUCGGGAAAGGGCGUCGGCCGAUGUCUUGGCUAAGCUGCAGUCAAUUACCAGCGAUUUAGCGAAGUCCCCACGGUCCCCGCAUCGGGCGUCUGUUACUUCGGACUUAUUCCAACAGUGGCUGUCGUCGUCCCCCGUUAAGAAAUGCCGUUCACCCACUUCACGCGGUUCAUUUUCGAAUCGCAGUCGACUGGCGGAGCUGGACGAGGGCGAACUUUUCAUGGAACUAAUACGGGACGUAGCCAAUGAACUGGAUAUUGAUGUACUGUGCCAUAAAAUUCUAGUCAACGUCAGUUUGCUGACACACGCAGAUCGAGGCUCGCUGUUUCUAGUCAAAGGACCGCCGAACGGCAAAUAUCUGGUGGCUAAGCUGUUUGAUGUAACUCAACACACGCCACUGGAUGAAGCUGUUCGCAGAGCCAAAAAGGAUGAGCUGAUCAUUCCGUUCGGGGUAGGCAUCGCGGGUACGGUGGCCCAAACGAACGAAACUAUUAACAUUAAGGAGGCGUACAAGGAUCCUCGCUUCAACAGCGAGAUCGACCAGAAGACUGGCUACAAGACACAUAUAAUCUUGUCAAUGCCAAUCUGCAACUACGAAGGACAGGUGAUUGGAGUCGCUCAAAUAAUCAACAAGACUAAUGGAUCGCCUGAGUUUACCGAACGGGAUGUGGAAAUAUUCCGACGAUAUUUAACCUUCUGCGGAAUAGGCAUUCAGAAUGCUCAAUUAUUUGAAAUGUCCGUCCAGGAGUACCGCCGGAAUCAAAUCCUUUUGAACCUGGCGCGAAACAUUUUCGCCGAGCAGAACAAUUUGGAGUGUCUGGUGACUAAAAUCAUGACCGAAGCUCGGGAGCUGCUCAAAUGUGAACGCUGUGCGGUGUUUCUACUAGACCUCGACUGUGGCGAAGCGAAUCACCUCGAACGGAUGUUGGACAGACCGGAAAAAUCUUAUCAAACGAUGCCCCGUCGUACCAGCCACAGUGUCGACGUUGAGGAUCUCAUCAAGCAGCAGAAAUCCAACACGGCCCGCUUCACGAUGAUUUUCGAGUUGGGCAGCAACAGUCAAUCGGCGGCAAACAUUUCCCGUCCCUCCGUGAAUGAUUUAAACAGUUCAACGUUGGCCCAGAUUGCUGAAUAUGUGGCCAGCACCGGCGAAACGUUAAACAUCCACGAUGUGAAUGAGUGGCUUAAGGGCAAGCCAAUUUACUAUCCCCCGCAGCAGAACCAGCCGCCGUCUGCAGCAACCGUGAAUGGAGCCGGUGAAGGUCAGGGUUCGACAGACGAGCUCAGCGCUAAAACCAUCCUCUGUAUGCCGAUCGUCAACGGUCAGCAAACUGUGAUUGGUGUCGCUCAAUUAAUUAAUAAGGAAAACGAUUUACAAUUUACAAACUGUGAUAUUUCAAUUUUCGAAGCAUUCGCCAUCUUUUGUGGAUUAGGAAUCCACAACACACAGAUGUACGAGAGUGCCUGCAAGCUAAUGGCCAAGCAAAAGGUAGCCCUGGAGUGUUUGUCCUACCAUGCCACGGCACCCCCGGACCAAACACUCAAACUAGUUAAUGAUACCAUUGCGCCAGCUGAGGAGUAUAAGCUGUACAGUUUCACUUUCAUCGAUUUCGGUUUAGAUGACGAUGACACCUGUAGGGCAGUAGUGCGAAUGUUUUUGCAGUGCAAUCUGGUGCAACAAUUUCACAUUCCGUACGACGUUUUAUGUCGGUGGAUUCUAAGCGUGCGGAAAAACUACCGUCCAGUCAAGUAUCACAACUGGCGCCACGCUCUGAACGUUGCGCAGACCAUGUUCGCAAUGAUGAAGACAGGCAAAAUGGAGCGUUUCAUGACUGAUUUGGAGAUUCUUGGGCUGCUGGUGGCCUGUUUAAGCCAUGAUCUGGAUCACAGGGGAACGAACAACGCGUUCCAAUCGAAAACCGAUAGUCCGCUGGCUAUUCUCUACACAACCAGCACCAUGGAGCAUCACCACUUUGAUCAGUGUGUGAUGAUACUGAACUCGGAAGGAAACAACAUUUUUCAGGCUUUGUCACCAGAAGAUUUCCGAAAGGUAAUGAAAACCGUUGAAUCGGCAAUUUUAUCGACGGACUUGGCAAUGUACUUUAAGAAGCGAAACCAAUUUUUGGAACUCGUUGAGGGUGGUGAAUUCGACUGGCAGUGCGAAGAGAAAAAGGAAGUGCUCUGCGGAAUGAUGAUGACGGCCUGUGAUGUGAGUGCAAUUGCGAAGCCGUGGGAGGUCCAGCACCGGGUGGCAAAGUUGGUGGCAGACGAGUUUUUCGACCAAGGCGAUCUGGAAAAGUUGCAACUCAAUCAGCAGCCUGUGGCGAUGAUGGAUCGGGAGCGCAAAGACGAACUGCCAAAGAUGCAAGUAGGAUUCAUAGACGUCAUUUGUUUACCGCUCUACAAGGUUCUUUCGGACGCAUUCCCUUGGAUACGACCCUUGUACGAGGGUACCAUGGACAACCGGCAGCACUGGCAGGAUCUGGCUGAAAAGGUGGAGAUGGGUCUAACGUGGAUUGAUCAUGAUACGAUUGACAAACCGGUGGAGGAGUUUGCCUCCGGAAAGGAGGCGCUAGCCGAUAUUGAAUUCACUGUGACCACACUUAACUGUGCCGCCCACCCGGAGGACAAGACUGAAACGACGCCAGUGCAUGAGCGCAAGCCCCGUUUCAGCAGUCUCCGUAAGACCGGUGCCCUUGGAAAGGCCGUUCGUAACAAGCUGUCCAAGUCAGUUUAUAACAGUCAAACGACCAUUGGUGAAUCGAUAGGUCCGCCUGAUCGACCGUUGUCUAUUGCUACAAACACUUCACUGAGCUCAAAGUCGCAGGACGACGAAAAGCAACCUCCGGCAGACAGCCUCAUAGACAAUGGUACGAAUCAACACCAGCAAACAGCAUCGUCGACCAACAAUGGAACGAGUGCCACGACACCCUCUUCCGAUUCUCAAGUGAUCAAAGCACCCUCCACCAUAAAACCAGUGAAAAAGCGAUCAAAAUUGUGUAUGCUUUUGUGACCUAAGUAUUUUGACGGUGACUCCGAAGGUGGAGGAGAAGCCGACACUAACAGACACGAAAACUCCGUUUAGUUGGAAAAAAGUUGCCCGUGUGUUUUAGCAGAAAUUGUUCGAUGUAUUUUUAGAGGCAAAAAGGACAGUUGGCUGUUGUUCACGAAAAGCCCAUAAAACUGUAAUGUCGGUAGAGGCUCAAGUAAACUGUAUUGUAACUUGGAGAUCUAUAGAAACAACCUAAAUGUCAAUCAAAGGAACUGUUUUGAACAAAUGUAUUUUUAUAUAUAGGUUUUAAAAUGGAUCGCUAAAUACAUCAUUGUAGCACACCCUGAAUGGCAAUACCUAGUUUAUAAAUCCAGUAUCUAUUUACUUAACGUUUUAAAAAUUGGUAAGCUUGAAUACUGACAUGAAUGGAAGUUUAUUGCAAGAUCAUUGUAAGAUAGGAACAAAUUUUAAGGUGCUUUCGAUACUAUUAUUAAAGUGGUGCAGAUUAUUUGACACUUUUGGCCCUGGUAGGCAACGAGUUUCGACUUCUGUACUUUAACUCUCUUUAAACAAAGCUGCAUCGCUGCUAAGCGUCACUCAGUAGCAUUAAUUCCAUUCAUAUAGUACAUUCUGCUUGAUAUGCGUUAAUUUUAGAAUGCACCUCCGAACACGUUGUUACUUACCCUGUGAGAUAUAAAGUUUAUGUAAAGCACAAUACAAAGCUAAAGCUAGUCACUUCGAACUGUUUAAACAUUAGAGGUAUAUGUGAGAGAAGCUACUUACUUAGCAAACCUGUGUGUAAGAGAACCGUUUGUAAUGUUCAUACUAAACUCCUUGGUAAACUGAAUAAAACACUCAAGUUCAAACAA